UUCUCUGUUGGUGCAGAGCUCUCUGGGAAAUGUGGUCCCUCCGGGCGUCCUGGGGCGGUGGCCACAACUCCUGCGGCCCCGGCUGCCAGUCGGGCGUGGACCCGGGAUGGCUGGACCGGGUGGCUCGGGGGUUCCGGUCGGGGCCGGGGCCCUGGCAGGUGGGGCGCGCUCUAAGGUAGCUCCGAGCGUGGACUUUGAUCACAGCUGUUCAGACAGUGUCGAGUACCUGACGCUCAACUUCGGGCCCUUCGAAACAGUGCAUCGCUGGCGGCGCCUCCCCCCCUGCGACGAGUUCGUGGGUGCCCGGCGCAGCAAGCACACAGUGGUGGCAUAUAAAGAUGCCAUUUACGUAUUUGGUGGAGACAAUGGAAAGACAAUGCUCAAUGACCUCCUACGGUUUGAUGUGAAGGACUGUUCCUGGUGCAGGGCUUUUACCACCGGCACCCCACCUGCCCCCCGCUACCACCAUUCAGCUGUCGUCUAUGGGAGCAGCAUGUUUGUCUUUGGGGGCUAUACUGGAGACAUUUAUUCCAAUUCUAACUUGAAGAAUAAAAAUGAUCUCUUUGAAUACAAGUUUGCAACUGGCCAGUGGACGGAGUGGAAAAUUGAAGGACGGUUGCCAGUUGCCAGGUCAGCCCAUGGGGCUACGGUGUAUAGUGACAAGCUAUGGGUCUUCGCUGGCUAUGAUGGCAAUGCCAGGCUGAACGACAUGUGGACAAUCGGCCUCCAAGAUCGGGAACUCACAUGCUGGGAGGAGGUGGCCCAGAGUGGCGAGAUCCCGCCAUCUUGCUGCAACUUCCCCGUGGCCGUGUGUCGGGAUAAGAUGUUUGUGUUCUCUGGGCAGAGUGGAGCCAAGAUAACCAACAGUCUCUUCCAGUUUGAAUUCAAGGAUAAAACGUGGACACAUCCUACUGAGCACCUGCUGCGGGGCUCCCCACCACCCCCACAGCGGCGCUAUGGACACACCAUGGUGGCCUUUGACCGCCACCUCUAUGUGUUUGGGGGUGCUGCUGACAACACAUUGCCCAAUGAGCUGCACUGCUACGAUGUGGACUUCCAGACCUGGGAAGUUGUGCAGCCCAGCUCCGAUAGUGAGGUUGGUGGGGCUGAGGUGCCUGAGCGGGCCUCUGCAUCUGAGGAGGCGCUCACCCUGACCUCUGAGGAACGGGGUGGCUUUAAGAAGUCCCGAGAUGUGUUUGGCCUGGACUUUGGCACCACCUCAGCCAAGCAGCCUACCCAGCCUGCCUCAGAGCUUCCCAGUGGGAGACUCUUUCAUGCAGCUGCUGUCAUCUCUGACGCCAUGUAUAUCUUUGGAGGCACCGUGGACAACAACAUUCGGAGUGGAGAGAUGUACAGGUUCCAGUUCUCUUGCUACCCCAAGUGCACGCUGCAUGAAGACUAUGGGCGUUUGUGGGAAAGCCGCCAGUUCUGUGAUGUGGAGUUUGUGCUGGGGGAGAAGGAAGAAUGUGUGCAGGGCCAUGUGGCCAUUGUCACUGCACGGAGCCGCUGGCUACGUAGGAAGAUCAUGCAGGCGCGGGAAUGGCAGGCCCAGAAAUUGGAGGAAGAAGUGGUCCCAGCUCCCAGGGAGGCCCCUGGAGUGGCUGUCAGUGGGGUGCGGCCACCCCUGUUGCGCGUGGCCAUCCGAGAGGCUGAGGCUCGAUCCUUUGAAGUGCUCAUGCUGUUCCUCUACACUGACAAGAUCAAGUACCCGCGGAAAGGCCAUGUGGAGGACGUACUGCUCAUCAUGGAUGUGUACAAGUUGGCGCUGAGCUUCCAGUUGAGCCGCCUGGAGCAGCUGUGUCGGCAGUACAUCGAGGCCUCCGUGGAUCUGCAGAAUGUGCUGGUUGUGUGCGAGAGUGCUGCCAAGCUGCAGCUGGGCCAGCUCAAGGAGCACUGCUUGAACUUCGUGGUGAAGGAGUCCCACUUCAACCAGGUGAUCAUGAUGAAGGAGUUUGAGCACCUCUCGUCUCCAUUGAUUGUGGAGAUUGUACGGCGCAAGCAGCAGCCUCCCCCUCGCACUCCGGAUCAGCCUGUGGACAUUGGCACAUCUCUGAUCCAGGACAUGAAGGCAUAUCUGGAGGGGGCAGGCGCAGAGUUCUGUGACAUCACACUGCUGUUGGAUGGCCACCCAAGGCCAGCCCACAAGGCCAUCCUGGCUGCCCGUUCUAGCUACUUUGAAGCCAUGUUCCGGUCCUUCAUGCCUGAGGAUGGGCAGGUGAACAUCUCCAUUGGGGAAAUGGUGCCCAGCAGGCAAGCUUUUGAAUCCAUGCUACGCUACAUCUACUACGGCGAGGUCAACAUGCCGCCUGAGGACUCGCUCUACCUGUUUGCAGCCCCCUACUACUAUGGCUUCUACAACAACAGGCUGCAAGCGUACUGCAAGCAGAACCUGGAGAUGAAUGUGACUGUGCAGAAUGUGCUGCAGAUCCUGGAAGCAGCUGACAAGACACAGGCACUGGACAUGAAGCGGCACUGCCUGCACAUCAUCGUGCACCAAUUCACCAAGGUCUCCAAGCUGCCCACGCUGCGAUCCCUGAGUCAGCAGUUGCUGCUAGACAUCAUAGACUCUCUGGCUUCCCACAUCUCUGACAAACAGUGUGCAGAGCUGGGUGCUGACAUUUGAGGGCCCCCUGAGAACCCCAUCAAUGUGGAGAAUGAUGAGGCCUGCCCGCUUGGGACACUACAGACUACCCUGGACGUGCUGAUGCCUGCAGAGUGGUUGCACCUGUGAGGCCAAGGGCAAAGGUGCCCAGUUUCCAAAAGGAGCUGAGGGGUGCUGUGGAGCCACACAUACCUCACUUCAUUAAGGGAGUAGUGGAACACCCCCCUUUUCAGCUGGUACCUUCUCCAGGGUGGGAGGUGAGGGCUCAGUGACUGGAACACCACAGGAUAUGGAGGACCUGUCUUACCACCUCAAAGUUGGGGAGAAGCUGAGAGUGUAGACUAGGGGCCGGGCAAGGGCUUUAGGAAGUUUAGCCUUGCCCCCUGACCUGGGUGUGUUGUGGAUUCAGGCAUUAGGUCCUGUUGUCAGGAUCUCUCCAGCACAGGGAGGGUGGCUUGGCAAAAUAACUUGGACUGCACACACCACCCUAGUGAACACCCCCACCAGACUUAGGAAUGGGGAUCGGAGAUGGUAGGUCUAAGAGGAAAGAGCUCUGAGGACCGCUUUCAGUCCACAGGGCAGCCAAGCUGGGCUGGACCUGGCUUUCAGAGGGGCUACUUGUUCUCAGCCCACCUGUGUGCACUUCUGGGUCAGGGAGAAGUCAGCAGAAAUACCCCAGGUAUUUUUUGUCAUAGCCGUGCCUCCAUUAAAGCCACAGCAGUGCUACCUACACAUCUCACUGGCAGUUUCUACCACUGGCCUAUGACCCUUAGUCUGUACAGCCCUAUGCCAUGGCAGACCCCCUGACAUGAGUUCAAACAGUCUUGCCUGUUCUUCUAUCCAUGUUGUUAACUUCUUACCACCACCUGGCCACCAGUCACAAGGGGGAGAAGGGCAGUGGGAGGUGUCCAGGCCUCCCUUCCAGAGCCCUGAGUGGGGUCUGCCCUGCCUCACUCCUGUGCAUCUCCAUUGGGUUCUCAGGGUGUCUUUUUGCCUGGGCUGGAAGGUGAGAAUAGGCCUUUUCAGCUUAGAGCAGUUCCUGUGUGAAUCCAUCCUGAUGCAAGAGGCAUGGUUCUACCUUUCUGGGAACAAGAAUGCAGAAACCACUAUCUUUUCUGCUAAGAAGCUGCAGCUCACCUUGGGGGAAAGGCUCAGCUCUCUUCCUGGCCUUAGAGCUCAUUUUCUUUCCACACAAACAUGGCCUAGCUAUAACUGCAGCACUUGCUGUGGGGCCCCAAGUAGCUGUAUGCAGGUAGAUAGGGGGCCCUGGGUGGCAGUCUGGGUGCCCUUAGACAAGGGUAGCAGAUUCAUAAAACCAACCAACCAGCCAGCCAGCAGGAAGUGGACUGGUGCAAAAUGAGCAGGGGGUGUGCAGCAGGAGUUGAAGCAGGUGGCUGAGCUGAGGGUAGUCCCUUGUGAGGCAGCAGGCUGGAGGUGUUAGUGGGGGACGUCAGCAUCCAGCGUGCCAGCCCAGAGUGCACGACCAUGCAGGCCAGGUGUGAAUCACUUGUGGUGUGCCACAGAGUCAGUUUCCACCAGAUGUGGCUUUUGCCAUUCCUGGAGCAGCCCUAUCUCGUGGAGGGGCUAGGCAGCCUGGAAGCCUCACCAGCAACAACCUGCAAACCCUGCUCUACGCUGACCUUUCUAACUGGUUCCUUGACUCUUUUUUUUCUAGACAUGAUAUAAAUUAUAUACACAGGGCCCUAACAAGUAAAUUUGAGACCACUGUGUGCUAGUUCAGGGACUAGAAAGUCAGUUGGGCACCUUUGGCUAUGUGGCCAUGGAGCAGCAGGGGGAGAUUUUGCUCCUGGCUGUUUACCUUCUUUUCUGAUGGGGACAAGUCCAAUGGUGAGCAGUGUAUGAACUAUCCACCUGACCCACCAGGAAGAUGGAGCCUGUAGGCAGAAGGUUCUUGAGUUUGAAGCCAAAGAUAGCAAGAUCCUGUCUCAAAAACAACAAACAGGUGGGGUGCUGGUGGCUCACAUCCAUAAAACUAGCUACCUGGGAGGAUGAGAUCGGGAGAAUCAAGGUUUGAAACCAACACAGACAAAUCGUUCUGAAGACCCCAUCUCCAAAAAUAGCCACAGCAAAACGGGUUGGAGGUGGGGCUCAAGCCAUACGGCACCUGCUUUGCAGAUGUGAAGCCCUGAGUUCAAA